AUGAAGGAUUGUACCGGGCACGAAGCCUGUUUGAUCUUGACUGGGUACAUUCUAAGGAAGAAGUGGAACAUGCUGCUCUUUUGCCUCAUUGUUUUUCUAGGAGAAAUAUCAGGAGGAGGAACACUCAGAUUUUCAGGUCUGCCUGGUACUGGCAAUGUGAAUGAAAAUUCUCCGCCGGGCACUUCAGUGUAUACAUUCAGUGUUGAAUUAACACCAGAUUUAUUACCAAAUGUGGCAGUGGGAUAUCCUACCAUAAUAAAUUCAAAUCCCCUCACAAAAGCUUUUGAAAUCAACCCCGUAUCUUCUGUUUUAUACAAGGUUGUUACAACUGGAGUUCUAAUCCUAGAUUAUGAAACCAUGCCCCACCGAUUUGAGCUGCAGAUCCUUGUUUAUGACACAGCUGGGGCAAAAGACCUCCAAAUCCUAACUAUUCAAGUACUCGAUGUAAAUGAACCUCCAGUGUUUCAAGGCAAUAUAGCAACGCAAAUUGUCACAGUCUAUGUUUUGGAAAACACACCAGGAGGGGCUAUUUACACCAUUAAUGCAGCUGAUUCUAAAAACGCAACAUCUGCAAAAAUCAGUUAUUCAUUGACUCCUGACUCAUUGCCAUUCAGUAUUUCUGAAACUGGAACCAUUUAUUCUUUGAAGGAAUUUGAUUAUGAGAAAGAUCCAGAUAACUAUAUCUUACAAAUUACAGCAAGAGACCAUCUUGGUCAAAAUGCCACCAGGACUGUGAUUGUCAGUAUCAUAAACAUCAACGAUGAGCCUCCUUAUUUUACUACUAAAGAAAGAGCUUUCAGUAUUCCAGAAGAAAGCAUGCCCGGAUCAUUUGUUGCCAAUAUAACCGCUAAGGAUCCAGAUGGAGAAGGCUAUGAACAGGGCCUUCGCUUCAGCAUCAAUAAUCCUCAAGCACUUCCCAAUUUCUCUAUAGAUCCAGUGUAUGGUACAGUUUUAGUGGCUAAAUGGCUAGAUCGUGACAUUGAACCAUGGAGAGAACAUCCCAAAAUUUCUUUGGUCAUUCGGGUUGUGGACAGCCCCAGCGAUGGACGAAGUGAUAUAAUGGAAAUUGUUAUAACAAUUGAAGAUAGAAAUGACAACCCGCCAGAAUGUCAACUCUAUAAUUAUGGAGUGAUCAUUCUUGAAACAGAACUUCCUGGAUCAAUAAUAAAUUUAAGGGAUUUCUGUAAAGAUAUGGAUGCUGAAUCACCAAACAACUUGUUUAAUUUCACUGGGCUGUCUGGAAUUGGAAGUAAUAAAUUCACACAGGACCCGUCUGGCUCUGGAAACCUCCAGCUAAUAGGAACUGUGGAUCUUGAAAAGGAAAAUCGAACAGAAUACAAACUGAAUAUUGUGGUGCAGGAUAUUGCUUCACCUUAUUUUGCCAAGAAUAUUUAUGUUUAUGUGAGAAUAGAACCAGUCAAUGAGUUUAACCCAGUCUUCAGUAGUCCCUCGUAUGUUUUUAAUGUCUCGGAAACAAACACUGCUGGAUCCAUAAUUGGAACUGUGCACGCUACAGAUGAAGAUUUGCCAAGCACUGGGAUAUCAUAUUCAAUUUUGAAGCUCUCAGAUGUAUUUUGGAUCGAUUCUACAAAGGGCAGUGUGGGAAUUGUGGCUAAAUUAGAUUAUGAAACAAAUCAGAAAUACACUUUUACAGUACAGGCUUCUGACAAUGAUGGCGGAUUUGCUACAGCAUCAGUGACUGUGAAUGUUCUAGAAGAGAAUGACGAACCACCCAUUUGUUCACCCAAUUCAUAUCUGCUGGAGAUUCCAGUGGACCUAGCAUUUGGAACUAACAUUAAUGGCUUCAAACUUACAUGUGAGGACAAGGACUCCAGUCCCAGCUCAUUCCGUUAUUCUAUUAAUUCAGGUAACGUGAAUAACCAUUUCACCUUCUCACCGAGCGCAGGCUCCAACGUCUCACGAUUGAUGCUUGCAUUGCCAUUUGAUUAUGAGGGAGGCCUAGACAGAAUUUGGGACUACAGACUUUUAGUAUUCAUAACAGAUGAUAAUUUACUGGCAACUGAUGAUAGAAUUACAUCCAACAUUCAAACUGGCACAGUAACCUUAACCAUCAAAGUGAUUCCAAAACCAACCACUGUAAUCCCAACCACACCUGGUGUUACUAUUGUGACAAGAAGAGCAAAUGUAUAUUCUGCAUCAGCUUGGUACGUGCCAUUCAUAAUUGUCCUUGGCAGCUUGCUACUCCUUGGACUUCUUGGGUAUCUGAGCUUUUUGCUGGUGAGAUAUAUCCACAGCUACUGUGCCCGGAAACCCAGAGCUGAUAAAAAGCCACUGUAA